AUGCAAAGUGACCUUCACAAGAUCAUUGUAUCACCGCAGCCACUGACAUCAGACCACGUGAAGGUGUUCGUGUACCAGAUUUUGAGAGGCCUGAAGUACUUGCAUUCUGCUAACCUUUUGCACCGCGAUAUAAAGCCGGGAAAUUUGUUGGUUAACAGCAACUGUCUUUUGAAGAUCUGCGAUUUUGGCCUGGCGAGAGUCUGGGAUCCGACAGAGCAGGGCGCAAUGACGCACGAAGUCGUUACGCAGUACUACCGCGCGCCGGAGUUGCUGAUGGGUGCUAGAAGAUACACGGCUGCCGUCGAUACAUGGUCCGUCGGGUGUAUACUUGCCGAAUUGUUGGGAAGGAAGAUUUUGUUUCAAGCUCAGGGUCCUAUUGAACAGCUCAACCUCAUUCUCGAUCUACUCGGUACACCCGCAGCUUCAGAGAUGAAAUACGCAUGCGAAGGGGCACGUAGUCACGUGCUAAAAUCACCAUUUCGACCUCCUAAUCUGAUCAAGCUGUAUUCUUUGAGUCCUCAGGCUACCCACGAAGCCGUACAUCUGAUGUCGCAGUUGUUAUGCUUUGAUCCGGAUCAACGACUGACCGUCGAAGAGGCACUCGCCCAUCCGUACCUUGAGGAGGGUCGAAUGCGGUUUCACUCGUGUAUGUGUAAUUGCUGCACGAACACGUCGAACAACAUGCGCGUGUUUGCCUCUGAUCUCGACCCCGUACACCCGCAACCGUUCGACGCAUCGUGGGAAAAGGAGCUGUCGCACUUGUCGAUGUUCGAGCUUCGCGACCGCAUCUACCAGUUCAUCGUGGAACGCCGAUCGCACUGUGAUAUCCCGCUGUGCAUCAACCCCGAAUCGGCCGCCUUCAAAAGCUUUAUAACGUAA